AUGGCAUCGUUAAUUAAAAGUCAAAUUAUAAAACGUUUAUCAAAAUUUGUUAAAAAUCUAUCAUCAAAUCAAAUCAAUUUAAGUACAUUAAAAGGCGAAGGUGAAUUAUCAUCGAUUGAUUUAGAUGAACAAGCAUUAGAGGACGUUAUUGAAUUACCAACAUGGCUUAAAAUUCGUAAAGCAACAUGUGGUCGCAUUUUUAUUAAAAUUCCUUGGACAAAUUUAAAAACAUUACCAAUUCAAUUACAAUUAGAUGAUGUAACAAUUGAAAUUGAAACAUAUGAACAAUUAAGAGAUUUACAUAAUUCAAAUGAUGCUUCAAAUGCAAAUGAUCCAUUAUUGGGUAAAUAUGGUUUUACAAAUCGAGUUAUUGACGGUAUUUCAUUAACAAUUACAAAUUUAACAUUUGCUGUAAAAGCUCAAGCUUUUAAAGCAUCAAUUUUUUUGCCAAGUCUUGAAAUUUAUAGUAUAACACCUUAUGGAAAAAAAGUUGAUACAUUAAAUUUAACUCGUCUUCGUAAUUCAACUAAAGAUCAUAUUCUACUUUUUAAAGAAAUUUCAUGGCAAAAUGCACGUAUUGAAGCAUCAUCCAAUGAUAGUACGAUGGCAACUGCAGCUAUACGCUUGAUUGCUAAUGCAUGUCGAAUACGAAUUUCUAUGAAAAAAAAUCUUCAAGAUAGUACUAUGGUAACAUCACGUGUUAUGGUUCAUUUUGAUGAUCUUUUAUCAGUUGUUAAUGAUGCACAACUUAAAUCGGCUUUAAGUACUUAUAAAGAAAUUACGCAGUUAAUGAAACGUGCAUCUGAACAAAGAAAACGUAUAGCUGGAGAUAAAUUAACCAAAUUAGAACAACAACAACAACCAUCAACAUUUCAACCAAAACCACCAACAACAGGUAACAAUGAUCAAAUGAAUUCUAGUGGUACAUUAAACAUCCAACAACAAUCAAAUGAUCCUUUUAAACAUUAUGAUGUCGUUGAAACAUCAUUACAUUUUAAUAUUAAACGAUUGGAUAUACAUAUUAUUGCUGAUUCAAAGAUUUUCAGUAGUCGUCUAGCUGAAAGUGGUGCUCUUCAAAUAACAUUAGCAAAUUUAUCUAUAGAUCAUUAUCCUUAUCAUCAAUAUGGAUCAUCAAAAACACAUUGGAUAAAAUAUAGUGAAAUGUUAGCAUUAAAUCGAGAUGAAUGGGCAGCACGAUUAAGAGAAGAAUGGAAUGAACAAUUAACUUCUGCUAAAAAUAAUGCACCCAAUGAUGAAACUUCUGCAAAAUUCGAAAAAGCUCUUCGUACAAAUCGUAUUCGUUUAUUUGAAUCAUGUACUGUUAUGAAUAUAGAUGAUCUUGUACUUUAUCCUGUUUCAUUACAUAGUAAUUCAAAUAAACAUCAAGAACAAAAACGUCGUCGACCAUUACUUACAUCAGAUCGAACACAAUAUCAAUUACCAGAAUUUUUAGGUGUUAUUCAUAUUCAACAUACUGAAUAUUAUUAUCCAUUACCAUAUGCAUUUCCUAUACCAAAUAAUGAUUUAUAUAUUCAAAUAAUGCCUAUGGUUAUGCGCAUCGAUUUUGCAACAUAUAGUUGGCUUCAUGCUUUUAUUUCAUCAGUAUCAAUGACUAUAGAUAAUUCAGGUGUAUUAAAAACUGAUAAACCUAGUAUGGAUCUUGAACAUGUAGCUAUUAAAAUAGAAGCUAUGUUACCACGAAUUGUUAUUAGUUCAGAUAUAUUUUCUGGUGCUUAUCAAUUACAAGAAGCUAAACAUGAAAAUAAUCCUAUGCCAAAUAUAUUAGAACGUAAAGAAAUGCCAAAUCAACAAAAGCUUGAAAUACUUGAAUUAAAUAUUUCAAAAAUAUUAAUUACAAAUUCUCGUACUGAAUCAACUAGUAAUCGAAAUAAACUUGAACAACAUUUAGAAUUAUUUAAAAAAACAAACUUUUUUCAAUUAAAUCAAUGGCCAUUAUCAAAUGAUUCAUCAAAUACAACACGUAUUAGUUCAUUAUAUGAAAAACAUCCAUAUGAAACAUAUUUAUAUACUAAUCCAUUAACUAAAAAAAUUGGUACUAGUUUACCUGAAUCACAAUCGGCUGCUACAGCACUACAUUCAUAUUAUACAAUGACGACAGAUUCAUUGAAGAAGGCUGCAAAAUAUGAUAUUUGGCAUUUUAAUGCUGACAGUAUUUAUAUAGAUUUUACACCAGCAUCUCCGUCAGAAUCUGUUCGAUUAGCAAAACAAAAUAUGACUGAUUCGUUUUCAAUAUCAGGUUGGGUUGUAGUUGAUGAAAAACAAACAGGUAACAUACAUAUAUAUAUAUGUCUAGAAAAAGUUAAUGUUCUAUCAUAUCUUGUUGAAUCUUCAAUAGGAUCACCGUGGAUAAAUAUUAUAAGUGUUUUCGAAACACCAGCAAUGUUAAAAAUUUCUCAAAAACAAUAUACAUUUAUUAUGCAUCUACUUGAUGAAUUUGGUUUAUUUCUUAAUGUACUCGAACAAAAUAUAGUUCAAAGUCGUUUAAUAAAACAACAAAUACAACAAGAUUUAUCUUUAUCUAGCAAUGUUCCUAAAAAUAUAAAAAUAAAUGUUUGUGUACUUUCACCAACAAAAUUUACACUUGCUGUUAUAGAUGAUCUUGAAGAUGUUAUGAUUAAUCUUUCAACACCAGUUCCUCAACCUAGUUUACCUGAGGCAGAAAUAGAACCUACUAUGCAUGAUACAUCUGAUAUAAAUAGUGUUAUUGAUUUAAUAAUAACACCAACGGCUAUUGUUGCUAGUACAGCUAAACUUGAAUCAUCAUCAUCAUCGAUUAAUACUAUUGAAGAUAAUAAGAAUUUGAAUAAUAAAAAUUUUAAUUCAUUAGGACAAAAAAAACCUAAAGUAGAAGAAAAUAUUCAACGUGGAUUAGAAGUAACAUCAAAAGGUUCACGUGGUUCUUCACAAACAUCAUUAGUAAAUAUGGUUGAUAAUGUUGAUGAAACAUCAUCACAAUGGGAUCAAUUAAGUGAAGAUUUAGAUGCUGAUGUUGAUCCAACUUUAUUAAACAACGAAUAUGAACGACAACAAGAACAAGAACAACAAGAAAAACCAGCACGUAUUGAACUUGACGAAGAUAGUAUUAGUUUAACAGAAAAAAAUAAUGUUAAUAGUAUUGUCAUUGGAACAAAUGCAUUAGAAUCCAUUAACGGAGCGUUUAUUAAAUUAAAUGAAAUAAAAAUUUAUGUAGGUGCAGAUGAAGAAAAACAUGAUAAACCAAUUUAUAUUGCUUGUAAUGUAAAAAAUUUACGUAUUGAUGAAUUUCAUUCAUUAAAAUAUGAUUCAAUUAAACCAAAAUUAUUUGAAAAUGAAUGUCCUGAUGAAUUUAAUAAUGAAAAUGUUCCACCAAUUAAUAUUCGUAUUGAUAUUCCUAAAGGUAAAUCAAGUCCAUUACCAAUUGUUACUAUUAAACUAGAAAAUCGUAUUCUUGCUAUGACUACUCAUGCACUUGAUAUAAUUUUACAAAAUCUUGAAGAAAUUCGUACAAUUGAAGAAAAAAUUCUUAGAAAAAAUCGUCCACAUAAAUCUGUUCCUAUUAAUAUUGAUCUCAAUAAUAUACAAUUAUCACUUGAACCUGUUCAUGAAUAUCCAACAACAGAAGCAGUGGUAGCAAUAAAACCACCAUUGAAAGUUAAUAUUAAACGAAUGCAUGUUGUUAGACAAAUUGAUGGACAAGUUAUGAUUGAAACACCUCAGAAUGAAGUUUCAUCUAAAUUGAACAAUGAUAAUAGUGAUGUUCAAGAAAAAUUACGAGAAGCAGAAAUGAUUCGACUUGAAAAUGAACGACUUCGUUCAGAAUUAAAUACGCAUAAAAAAGAAAUAAAUGUUUUACGUGGUGAACGAGAUAGUUUAAUGAAUACAAUUUCAAAACUUGAUAUUGAAUUGACUCAAGCUGAACAUCAACGAAUGGUUCAACAGCAACCACAACAAAAACCUAAAAAAAAAUGA